GCUUUGUAUCGUUUGAUUAGGGUCUCAGUUUUGGGGACAAUUUACUCCUUUUAUUUCAUAAUUUUUUUUAAAAAAAUAUGGUCAUCUACGCUCAUAAAAUGUGAUGCACGCGGCAGAUAAAAACACCAAAAAGCUCUUUGAAUAUAUUUUUUUCGCUUAAAGUGAAAUUUCGAUCGCAGCACAUGCUGUGUUUCAGCAUCCGAGUGUUUCCUCCACCCCUGCCGAUCUGCUGGCUAAAUGCACCCAAACGGGAGCAGCAAAUAUCGGGAUUCGCCAGAAAAUGCGUUUUAAACGCGAAUAAAUCGUCGUGCACAAGCUCAAAGCGACAUUAGCAGAACAUUUCCCUCUGUCUGUAUUGUACUGUACUGAGCCUGCAGCAGCACCCAGAAGUGAACAAAGCGACCCGGAAGCGGUGGUCCGACUGGAGGCAGAAAGAACAUCAACCUUUUAUAUUAUAGCUGUACUCGCAAGACAAUAUCUGCAAUCGGGACACAAGGAUGGCAGAGCCUCGAUUUAACAACCCGUAUUUCUGGCCCCCGCCGCCCACCAUGCCAGGCCAGCUGGAUAACCUGGUCCUCAUUAACAAGAUCAAGGAGCAGCUGAUGGCUGAGAAGAUUCGACCCCUGCACCUGCCGCCUACCUCCGCCCCUUCUCAGCAGCCUUUACUGGUGCCCACCUCCACCCCGGACGGCAGCGCUCAGCACGGCAUGUCGGUGCAGAAGCCUCAGCCCCAGCAGGUGCCGGGGCACCACCCGCAGCCACAGGGCUCCGGACAGCCGGACAUUGCUCUGCACGCGCGUCCCGCCUCCAGCUCUGGACCAGAUGGAAACAUGGACGACAAGUCGGCGGUCAAGGCCAAAGGAUUAUGGGAAGACUGGCACAUGAGGCAGCUCGGUGAGCAAACUGGACGGGUCAACCAUCGCUCAGGUCUGGCUCCUUCAUCUCGACCUGACAGCCACAGCACCUCAGAGGCCCUGACCCCCACGACUCCAACCUCCAGCAGCCAGAACCGCCUGGGCGGCGCUCCCUCUGUGAACAUCAUCUCCGGGCUGGCCAGCGGCCCCGGCAUGGACCACAUGAAGGCCGGAGGCCUGGCCGGACUGCUGGGCCCCCCACCAAAGGCGCCGCGGGGAAGGAAGAAGAUCAAAGCCGAAAACACAUCUGGUCCUCUUCUGGUGGUGCCGUACCCCAUCCUGGCCGACCAAGGCUGUGUCACUAUUGCACCCAAAGAAGGCAAAACCUACAGGUGCAAAGUCUGCCCACUCACCUUCUUAACCAAGUCAGAGAUGCAGAUUCACUCCAAGUCGCACACAGAGGCCAAACCGCACAAGUGUCCCCACUGCUCCAAGACGUUCGCCAAUGCCUCCUACCUGUCCCAGCACCUGCGCAUCCACCUGGGGAUCAAACCCUACCACUGCUCCUACUGCGAGAACUCGUUCCGUCAGCUGUCACACCUGCAACAGCAUACCAGAAUCCACACUGGCGAUAGGCCUUAUAAAUGUGCUCACCCCGGAUGUGAAAAGGCUUUUACCCAGCUGUCCAAUCUCCAGUCUCAUCAGAGGCAGCACAAUAAAGACAAGCCGUACAAAUGUCCUAACUGCUACCGUGCCUACUCAGACUCUGCGUCAUUGCAGAUCCAUUUGUCAGCGCACGCCAUCAAAAACGCUAAAGCCUACUGCUGUAGCAUGUGUGGCCGGGCAUACACCUCAGAGACCUACCUUAUGAAGCACAUGUCCAAACACACGGUGGUGGAGCACCUAGUGGGCCACCAGUCGCCCCAGAGGACUGAGUCCCCCAGCAUCCCCAUACGCAUCUCCCUCAUCUGAGCUCCCUGGACGUUCAGCAGCAAGAUCCGGAAGCGGGCGUUCGGCUGGAGCUUAUGAGGCCCUGCACCCACGGCCAUCUACAUAAGGCUUACAUUAGCGUUAUGACAGCUGACACGAGCAUUCGGUGUUAGAUUCAGUAAACGGACCGCCUCCAUCCGCCUCGACACGGGCCGUCUGUCGGAAAACGAGCACAGCGUUAUUUUGUGAAUGUAACAGUACAGCCAGAGGUUGUCCAGACAGGGGUCGAGCAGAAAAAGAAUGUCUUGAGUCAGAUUAAAUAAGCACUUUCGUAAGCGUCAUGUAAACCGCCGGAUGCAUUGGCCAUUAGAAAUGUUGUCGUUGCGUUCUUAAGUUUCCUCUUCCAUCAAAUGGGUUUCCAAAAUGUGCCAGAUGUUGUUUGCCCUUAUGAAUUGAGAAGUAACAAAAACAAAAAAAAAAAAAAAAAAAAAAAAAUAGUAAAAUAAAAUCUUUGCUGGGUGUAUUUUGGAGACAUCCAAAGAUAAUCUUAAAGCACUUUUAGGCCUCGUGGUUUUGGCUCAAAUUCUUUCAAUCUUGCCGGAUAAAACUAAAUGCCAAAGGGCAUUACUUGUGGCAGCUAAGAGUACUGACUGUGUGCAAAUGACAGUCGUUUCUGUUACCUUCUUCAUUUUACAUCACGUUUUUUGUACAGAUUUACAGGGUCCUCUAAAUUUGGAGAAAGGCAAUCGGUAGAAGACAAUUUAAAACAUCUAAUGAUUGUAUUAGGAAGUUGCAUUAUUGACUUCGAGGAGGCAAAAAAACAAAACAAAGCAACAUGGAUGGGAAAGAAAGAUGAAUGUUUUUGUUUGUUCUUUUUUAUAUAUAUUUCCUGAAUCUUUCACUCCAUAUUUGACGGCACCUUUACGAUCAUGAACUAUGAUCAAAGAAACACUGCUUUUAUUUUCUCCCAGUAGUUAGUGCCAUAUAUGAACCUUGUCGAGGUUUUAGGAGAAAGCUAAUCUCGGUGAUAGUGUUUGUCUGCCUUCCCUUUUCAGUUAAGCUUUGACUAUUAUUUCCUAACAAUUUAGAAGCAUACGCUUUUAGAGUUUGUUGCACACGUCUCAGUGCCAGCUCUGUUCUCUACAUCAGCUGAAAUUAAAUUUAAACAUUGGACCAAAAUGUGAAGUAAUUGUACAGCUACUUUAACCCACCAAUUAAUGAUUAUUAUUUUUUAUUUUUUAAGUCUUUAAUAAGCUUUACCCAUUUGGAAUAAACUGCAGUAUACUGUAAGUCAUAUUCAGUAGGCCUAUGUUAUGAGUUCACGCAGAGGUGAAUCUUAUUUUUCUCUUUAGUAUUCUUUUUAUUGUACGCAGUAUUGUUUGUUGGACUUUUACUGUAACCAUAACCUCUGAAUGGUACUAAUAGGGUACCCUGUAUUCUUCAGGGCACUUCGGAAAAAAAAAAAAAGGUGCUACGGCUAGGCGUUGCAUUUGAGAUGGAACUGAGAAUAAUGUAAAAUACAUAUACAGUAUAUAGUAUGUUUUCAAAAGAAUAAAAGCUUAUUACUCGAGCCACUGGCCUGAAAACAGACAUUUACGCCAACAACAGACCCUGCCUCUUCAACUUUACUCUCUCUUAAGAGAUAAUGGGGAAAAUGUACAUGUUGCUGUACUGUAAAACAUGUUACUCAUUUAUAGUACCUAUUUUUAAGUUUUCAUAAACACGUUCUGUUUAGUUUUGUAAAAGUUUAUGUAUGAGCUUACUGUAAUUAUUUUAGUCUACCUGUAUGUUAUUAAUAUUCACGUUUUAUAUCAGUUAUUUACAUGUAAGCCUUAACUGUUUUAUCAUCCCAUUUCCAUUACUCUGUAUUGUGUUCGGCAGUAUUCAGUCGUGUAAACAUUUUAUUUUAUUUUUUUUUUUUUAAUUCAUUUUUCUUCCGCAUGGAGUUCCUGAGCUGUAAUCUGUAUAACUGUUUAACCCAUGUUCUCUAUGAAAAGAUAAUGCGUAGAUUUAUUACACUUUUUUCCUGUCUUGCAUUGUGGUUUCAUAUACAGUUUCUAGACGACUAAAUAUGCACAGCCAAGACUGAGGAAUUAAACUAAGGUUAUCAAUGUUUAAAAGAGAAAAGGAAAAAAAAGCUUUGUAUCUUUACCUUGUUUAAUAAACAGACUGUUAUAAAUUAA